AUGCUCGCGCCGCAACCCAUCGAAGCAGACAUAAACUGGAACUUGACAUUCGGCGAAGACCAAACCUUUGACUUUUUCGCAGACGGCGAACUUCCCACGUUUGAACAAACACCACCCGAAGAUGUUCCAGCUGUUAUCAGUCCUCCGACGCAACCCCCCGAGAGAUUAUCCAUUGAUCAAAGACCGCAUUACUCAACGUCCUUUAUCGGGUUUUCCAACGAAUCGGAUCCGUUUUCGCUGGAGCAUUUUCCGUAUACAAAGGAUGAUGAGGUGGACUUUUAUCGCGUUACGUAUCGGAGACAGACUGGUGAUGCGCCGCUUCAUUUUCUGCAGAGUCGCACGGAAACUGCUGUUGAGGGACAGAAUGUUAUUAGUGGGUGUAUGAGUUCGCUUGAUGAGAGGGAAUAUCUUGAGGUGUUGGUUGAUAAAGAGACUGGGAUUGCUCUUGUGAAACUAUACUUUCGAUUCGUCUUUGAGUCGCUUCCAAUUCUAUCACGCUCCCAAGUCUUCGCAGAUUUAGAACACUUCGUUGCUACCGCAUCGACAGGUCUUUUAGCAGGCCUAUACGCCCUCGCCCUCCCCUUCACACCCUGGGACGAAAAACUCUGUCUCGACAGCGCCUACUCAAAACCCGACGUGUCAAAGCUGUGGCAAGUUUCUUACACAUGUCUACAAAAAGAACUUCACUUCCCACGCCUAUCAACGAUCCAGAUCUAUCUCCUCCUUCUCAACCAUACGCCCUUUGAUGCAGUUUGUGUAGAGAAUCCGUUUGUUUGGUCACUUGCGAGUUCAAUGCUUGCCAUGGCGCAGUCUUUGGGAUUGAAUGUUGAUGCGAAGGGGUGGAAGUUGCCGGCUUGGGAAGUUAGGUUGAGGAGGAGGUUGUGGUGGGUUGUUUAUGUGGAGUAUACUUGGAGAGCUGUUACGCAUGGAAGAUGUUCUAUGAUCUCGGAAGAGGAUUGGGAUGUUAAGCCUUUGACGAUUGAUGAUUUUGUUAUUGAUGUUGAUGUUCCUGAUUAUAUUCAGAAAUUGUCGGCGGAUUAUAUCAUUCAGUUAUGUUCACUGACGGAAAUCACUAGUCAUAUCUGUCGCCAAUUCUUCUCUCUUCGCGCUGUAUCUCGUCCACAAGUCCUAGAAACCCUCCUCGACCAAGCCCGUCGUCCACGCCAACUCCUCCUCCAAUGGCUCGAAUCCCUUCCCCCAUCAUUAAGAGACACCCCCAACGACUCCGAAGCCGACGACUCAGUAACAAGCCACCGCUCCCUCUACGUAGCCUACUACACAACGCACAUCCUCAUUCUCCGCGCGCUCCUCCGUCCAAUAAUAUCCAAAACCUCACCCGCAGAACAAACACAAGAAAGGAAGAAAUAUCCUGAUAAAUUUGACCCUAUCAAUGUCGGCUCUUUCUUCAAGGACAUAACCGGUGAAGACGAUAGACCAGCACAAUACUAUCCUCCCGCCAAAGACGAAGUUAUUCUUUCAGAUGAAUUGGUUGAGAAAAUCACACCGACAGUCAAACGCUGGUAUCGCAAAGAAAAAGAUGGCUCCUCCAAGGUUGACAAAGGUCUUCUCUGUACUCAUACAAACGACUGCGACUGCGCAUUACCUCUCAAGGAACGCCAAACCGCAGCCUUUCAACGAGAACGUAUCUUCAACGACUGCUUCGAGUUCUACGAUUACAACAGAAGAGCAUAUCGCAAUCUCGAAUUCAUCAAAACAUUGAUCCUGCACGGAGAAAUGGAUCCCAUACUGCGAGUUUGUUCUUCAGAUGAGUGUUAUUUGAUAAAGUGGUGGACAUGCGGACCUUGUGAAUGCGAAGGCAAUGCUCUCGGCUGGGAUAUGCUCUGCGAAUACGCCAUGACGAUGUAUCUGAUUCUCAACAUCAUUUACUGCUUUCCGGAUUUGAGGGAGGACGGAUAUCGUGAACUGGGGUCUUAUCAACGUGCCAUUCGAAGCUGCACGAUAUCUUCUGGCUGUCCGAUCGCGACAUAUCCACACAGAGAUCUGUUUGGCAUCGAGGCUGAGCAGUUCACAAAGUAUCCUAAACCCUUCGACUUCACCCGUUGGAAACACGUUAUGAAAGUGGACAAAUACAACUUGCCAGAGGCCAUAAGCAAGACCUACGAAGAAACAGGCGAAGUCCCCGAUGGGUACUACAAACUGGACUAUUACCCCUACGGUCUAAUGUCCUACGACGAGUUACUCUCCUUCGAAAAGCCAAUUUCUUAUCAACCGCACGCAAGCGACAUUCUACAAGCCCAGGCAGUCCUUCACAACAAGGGUCUUCCAGCAGAAUUGUCAGACGAUAUUCUCUCCAGCGCAAACUACACAGCCAGGCGGACUUUACCCGUCGCCGGUGAGCCUUUUCAUCCUGAGAAUAAAGCUGAGCUUGAUGUGUAUCUCGAGGAGUGCUGGAGACUUGUUGUAAGGUGUAUUAUGCUGGGGUUAGAACUUGAGGAUGAGAAUUGGAGUAUUGAGAAAAAAGUUCGGGAUGUGUUUAGGUGGAGAUUUGGAGGUCUUUUUGAGUGUGAGUGUAAGUGGAGAGCUGAGUUCUUUUAUAAUUUUGAUAAGGAGGCUUGA